AUGGAAUAAUACUAGCUGGAGUUAAUUAGAAAAGUGUAUUUUGAUUAAAAUAUCAUUUGCAAUAAAAUGAAUUAAUAUAAUCUUGGCAAGAGCAAAUAAUAAAAGUAGUUUCAUCUGUUACUCACUCCUCUUAAACUCGAACAUUCAUUUCGAAAUAAGAAUCACUAAUUAGGGAAUUCAUCCUACUAUCAACACACAUCUCCUCGAACAAUUCUACCAUCGUUUACUCCACAGAAGAAAAAAGCAUAGAUAAGUUUUGAGUAAUCAAAGAAUUCUCCGCAAUCUUCUUUGGUUACAUCUUUCAAAAUUAGACCCAGAGACAGUGGUUAAGAGAAACCCUAAUUGUAAAGCAAUUUGAGUAAUAAUUUUAUUCAGAAUUAGUUAGGAUUCAAUCGAGAUUGAUUCCCGAUGAUAGUUUUGUAUUCAAAGCUAAAUAUGCAGGGAGAACUAGAAAGGGGUUCUAAUUAAGCAAUGCUUCUAAAGUGAAUCAGGAUACUUAUGUGUGUUGUGCGAGGAUAGAUAAUAAUGAAUUUAUUCAUCUGUUUGCAGUUUGUGAUGGACAUGGGGAACAUGGACAUUAGGUUAGUGGAUUCAUAAAGGCUCAACUUCCGUAGUUAGUAUCCAAGAAUAAAAUGAUGCUCGAGAGAAAGUAGACAAUUAAAACAAUAGAUUUAGUUCUCCUUAAGGUUUGAUGCUCAUUAUUUAAGGACUGUCUGAUAUGUUACAAUAGAGUCAUAUUGAUAUCUCUUUUUCAGGAUCGACUCUGGUGAUAGUGUAUGUUUAAAAUAAUAAAGUUAUUGUGUUAUUAACAAUGUUAGCUUUAUUGUGCAAACCUGGGUGAUUCAAGAGCUGUUCUGUUGAAUCGAGAAGAGACCUGGAGAUUGAAACCACUGUCAAGAGAUCACAAGCCGAGUUGCAAAGAUGAAGCUGAUCGAAUCCUGGUUAAUGGAGGCAGGAUAGAUCCCCUGAUGAAUGGCUUAGGUCUCUUUGUGGGUCCUCUCAGAGUAUGGACAAAGCAGAAUGUUCCUGGUUUGGCUAUGACAAGAUCACUUGGGGAUGAAAUUGCUCAUUCAGUUGGAGUAAGUGAUAAACCUGAAAUCCUAUAAUUUGACUUGGGGAAGAAUGACAAAGCCAUAAUAUUGGGGAGUGAUGGAUUGUUCGAAUUUUUGAGUGAUGAAUAGAUAAUCAAUUGCAUCUCUCCAUAUUAUGAUACAUCAAAUAUUGAAGGAGCUUGUAACCAGUUGAUGUUGGCUGCAUGCAACGGUUGGAUGUAAAAAUGUAAUAACUUAAUUGAUGAUAUUACUUUCAUAGUAUUAUUCUUAACUUAUUGA